UUGUAAUCGUGCUAGGUGGCUCUAUGCUUCCCAUGAUCGUCAGAACAGCCCGCGCGGUUGGAGGGUACAUACUUAAGAACUUGCCUGAUUCAAAUGGCUCGGCCAGGCCCAUCUGCUUCGUGCAAAAUCUACUCACGCUAAAUUCGAGUUAGCCCAAAAUUCGAGUUCAUGACCUCACAGCGUCACGCGAAGCGUGCCGCGUAAGUCGCGUCGGACGCUUGUUGCCGCCCGCAUGCACAUCACCACUGCGCGCCGCCAGAAGAUGGCAAAAUGGCCACACCCUCCGCGCCGGUUACGCACGCAUCGAGCUACUAUGGCUCCGAGGUCGAGAUUGACAUCGACUCUGUUACUUCCAUGAGCGACUACGGGUCAGAGUUCGACGCGACUGAGAUCUACGAAGAUACACUGCUGGCAAGCACCCUCGACUCGUUCACACACAGUGUACCCAAAUCAACAGGAAGGAGCUCUGCUUUACCAAGUAUCGAGUCUGAGGAGGGCGAGUUUGAAGACGAUGAUUACGAUGAUCUCAUUGUCGUACACAAACCGUCUGUUUUGCGCGUGGCAAAGAAGGACCGCCGCAGCACUGCCAAGGUCGAAGUGCGCAGAGACAUACAGAGUUCGCCAGCCCGGGAGUCGCUGGAAGUUGAGUACGAUGAACGGUCGCGCCGGGCAUGGAGUGUACCUCUUGAGGAACUGCAAUCGCCGCCUCAAGCGAAUAGAACCAGGUUCUUGCGGGUAAACUCGAUUCCGAGCACUCCACGCCCACUCUCAGCGCCCGAGUCUAUGGAGAACGACACACGCUCGCCCAUCGAACGCUUUCGGACCAAGCCCAAGAAGCCCCUAUCUGUGACGGACCUCGUUUCGCCAGCAUGGUGCGAGCUUCAGUACUUCUACGCGCUGUCGAAGUUUGGACGCAAGCCUCGGACACAGGCCAUGCGUGUGGGGUCUAAGAUCCACCAGAAGCUGGAGGACGAAGUACACACAACGGUGCCUGUACAGGUGCAGACCAAGGAAGACCGUUUCGGUCUGCGCAUGUUGAACACUAUUUUAGGACUUCGGUGUCUGCGCGAGACCGGCUUAACGAGAGAGCUUGAAGUCUGGGGGGUCAUCGAAGGGCAGAUCGUCAACGGUGUGAUCGACGAGGUGUCCUACGAGUGUCCAGACCCCGAGCUCGAAGAGAAGAUUGAGCGGGCGAAGGCACAGAAGAGUGGCGGUACGGUUCCGUUGCCGAAGGACCAGCCAAGCAUUUCCCAAGCUUUCGCAAAAGCUUCUGAGGCAGGUGGCAGCGGUGAUGCAUGGAUCGGUGGCCUCGAGUCGGAUAGGCAUAUCUAUAUUGCAGACGUCAAAACGCGUGGUGUACACUCGAGGCCAACUGGCGCUUCUCUGCGGCCAACGUGGAUGCAGCUGAUGCUCUACCGGAAGCUCCUCGAGUCUCUGUCUCUCAACACCGUGGAUGCCGAGACAGUCUUCGAGCGCUACGACUUGAAGCCUCUAGAGCCGUUUACGGAAGUCUUCCUGCAUGAGAUCGGUGGCUUCGGUCCGGACAACGAAGCCGCCAAUUAUCCCAAUCUGCUUUCGCUGUGGUCUCUUCUCGUUACCGAGAUGCAGCUCACAAUUCCUCCAUUUAGCCUCUCGCCGAUUCUUCGUGCCGAGUUCCGCUACUCAAAGACCGGCGAUGUUAUUGGCAAUGAACUCGUGGUAUACGAGACCGAUAUUAUUGAGAAGUAUGUCGAGGAUGAAAUGGCGUGGUGGAAGGGCAAAAGAGAGGCGAAGGGUGUCGAAAUUGAGGAGGCUUUUAAGUGCAGGAUAUGUGAUUUUGCGGAGAGCUGUACGUGGCGGCGGAGGAAGGUUGAUGAAGCUGUCGAGAAGAGUAGGCUUAGGCAGACGGGAAGAGAAAAGAGUGCUGUCUGAGUUUCUGGCUGGCUUCUCGUACUGGCAGACUUUCUUCUGGGUGCAUCGGUUCGCCGUAUUGGCCUCGAUGUCCCAAAGUGUCUGCACCCGGUAUACAUCCUGCGAAUCUAU